AUGUCUGUCGAGAAGAAAGUCGAGGAGUUGUCAUUGAAGGACGCUCCAGUGGACAAGGCUCCUGCAGUUGCUACUAAGGCUGCUCCCAAAAAGGAGAAGAAGCAAAAGGCUGCUGCUCAAACUGGUGACGAUAAGAGACCUUUAUAUGCCACCCCACAACCCGAAUUCAUUGACUUUAGAGUCAAGAUGUUCGAUGAGUUGAGAGAGAAGUAUGAUGCUGAGUUGAAGACCAAAGAACACGUUCCUAUCAACAUUACUUUGAAGGAUGGUGCAGUUAGAACAGGUACUGCCUUUGAAACCAGUCCUAUGGAUAUUGCCAAACAAAUCUCUUCGUCAUUUGCUGAUAAACAAGUCAUUGCUAAGAUCAAUGGUCAAGAUUUAUGGGAUUUGGAAAGACCUUUGGAAUUUGAUGUUGCCUUGGAAUUUUUGGAUUUCGAACAUCCUGAAGGUAAAGCUGUCUUCUGGCAUUCAUCUGCCCAUAUUUUGGGUGAAGCUUCUGAAUGUCAUUAUGGUUGUCAUUUGUCACAUGGUCCUCCAACUGAUGAUGGGUUUUUCUAUGAUAUGUCCAUUGAUAAUGGUGAAGGUGCUGUUACUCAAGCUGAUUUUGGUAAUUUGGAAACCAUUGCUACUAAGGCCAUUAAGGAAAAGCAAAAGUUUGUUAGAUUGGAAAUGACCAAGGAACAAUUAUUGGAAAUGUUUGCUUAUAAUAAAUAUAAGGUACAAUUCAUUCAAGAUAAGAUUCCUGAUGGAACCUCUACUACUGUUUAUAGAUGUGGUCCAUUGAUUGAUUUAUGUGUUGGACCUCAUAUUCCUCAUACUGGUAGAUUGAAGGCAUUUAAGGUAUUGAAGAACUCAUCCUCUUAUUUCCUUGGUGAUGCUGCCAAUGACUCUUUACAAAGAGUCUAUGGUAUUUCUUUCCCCGAUAAGAAGUUAAUGACUGAACAUUUGAAGUUCUUGAAGGAAGCUGCCGAAAGAGAUCACAGAAAAAUUGGUAAGGAACAAGAGUUGUUUUAUUUCAAUGAAUUAUCUCCCGGGUCUGCCUUCUGGUUACCUCAUGGUACUAGAAUUUAUAAUACUUUAGUUGAUUUCUUAAGACAAGAAUAUAUCCAAAGAGGUUAUCAAGAAGUCAUUACUCCCAACAUGUACAACUCUAAAUUAUGGGAAACUUCUGGUCAUUGGGCCAAUUAUAAGGAGAAUAUGUUCACCAUUGAUGUUGAAAAGGAAAGUUUUGGUUUGAAACCAAUGAACUGUCCUGGUCAUUGUUUAAUGUUCAAAUCAAGAGAAAGAUCUUAUAGAGAAUUACCAUGGCGUGUUGCUGACUUUGGUGUUAUCCAUAGAAAUGAAUUCUCCGGUGCAUUAUCUGGUUUAACCAGAGUUCGUCGUUUCCAACAAGAUGAUGCCCAUAUUUUCUGUACUCAAGAGCAAAUUGAAACUGAAAUUGCUGGAGUAUUUGAUUUCUUGAGAAAAGUUUAUGGAAUCUUUGGUUUUGAAUUUAAGAUGGAAUUAUCCACUAGACCUGAAAACUAUGUUGGUGAUUUGAAAACUUGGGAUAAUGCCGAGGCCAAAUUAACUUCUGCAUUAAACAAAUUUUUGGGUGAAGGUAAAUGGGAAUUGAAUCCUGGCGAUGGGGCAUUCUAUGGUCCAAAAAUUGAUAUCAUGAUCAGUGAUGCUUUAAGAAGAUGGUUCCAAUGUGCAACUAUUCAAUUAGAUUUCCAAUUACCUGAUCGUUUUGAAUUACUGUUCAAGGCUGAUACCAAUGAUAAGGAGAAUGCCACUGGUAGACCAGUUAUGAUCCAUAGAGCCAUUUUGGGUUCUGUUGAAAGAAUGACUGCUAUCUUGACUGAACAUUAUAAGGGUAAAUGGCCAUUCUGGUUAUCUCCAAGACAAAUUUUGGUUGUUCCCGUUGGAGUCAAAUAUAAUGAUUAUGCUUCUAAGAUUCAAGAUGAAUUGGUUAAAAAGUACGGUUUCCAUGCAGACGUUGAUGUGUCUGGUAAUACUCUUGCCAAGAAGAUUAGAAGUGGUCAAUUGUUGAAGUAUAACUUUAUCUUCACUGUUGGUGAACAAGAAGAAACCGAACAGUCUGUUAACAUUAGAAACAGAGACAUUCAAGCCGAUCAAGGUAAGAAUGAUACCGUUAAGUUCACUCAAGUCAUCGAGCAAUUGAUCCAAUUGAGAUCCGAUAAGAGACAAGACAACAAAUUAGUUUAG